AUGACGGAUGACAGCCAAAGCCGACAGGACACUGACAUCCAGACGGCAGACGUUCUCACCCCUAAAGACGUAUGCAGAGUUGGAUGCUGGAACGUACGCACCCUCUACCAAACAGGAAGGCUAGCACAAGUCAUCAAGGAGAUGGAGUUGAAUAACAUCGAGAUGCUAGGAGUUUGCGAAACGAGGUGGACUGGAAGUAGAUCCCGGAAGCUAGCUACGGGACAUACCAUCAUUUAUUCAGGAAGGAAGGAUGACCAUCAUAGCAGAGGAGUAGGUCUUAUAACCAACAGAAGACUCAGUAGAUGCAUGAUUGGAUGGAAGCCAGUGAGUGACAGAAUUCUGACUUCAAGAUUUCACUCAAAGUAUGCCAAGCUGACAGUCAUUAUCUGCUACUCUCCUAUAGAAGACUCCGAGGAGGAAGAGAAAGAGGCAUUCUACGACCAACUUCAGAAGACAGUGGAAGAGACACCAGUCCACGACGUGCUUCUGCUAUUAGGAGAUCUCAAUGCAAAAGUUGGGACAAACAACGAAGGAAAAGAACGGGUGAUGGGAAAACAAGGAUGUGGUAUCAUCAAUGACAAUGGAAGCAGACUUGUCAACUUCUGCGAGGACAAUAACCUGGUCAUUGGAGGCACCAUCUUCCAGCACAAGAACAUCCACAAAUGGACGUGGACAUCGCCAGAUGGACAGACCAGGAAUCAGAUAGACCAUGUCCUGAUAAACAAGAGAUGGAGAGGGACACUACAAGAUGUAAGAGUUUUACGGGGAGCUGAUGCUGGAAGUGACCAUUCUCUUAUCCUGACAAAGCUGAAACUGAAGUUGAGGAAAGCCAAGAAAGGGGAACAACGAUCACUGCUUCUUGAUGUACAGAAACUGAAAGAUCCAGUGAUAAUGAGAGCAUUCCAGCUGAAAGUCAGGAGCAGAUUCGAGGUGCUACAAGAUCAACAGCAACUCGACCUAGAUGACUUCAACACAGUGAUGAUGGAAGUAGGACAGGAGGCACUUGGGUUGAGAAGAAAGAAGAAUGGAUAUCAGCCAAGACCUGGGAUAUGA